GUCCACAACAACUGCGCAUCAUCCGUUCGCCUCUACGCCUUCUUCGAACCGAUUGAAACUGGCAUGAGAUCGAUGUUUUUCAAAGUAAAGCAAGGUGCUACAGCCAGUAUCAUUCUCUCACGAGCUAUUCGAAAGUGGACAUGGAAUGGUCUGCUGAAUGAGGCUGCAGUGGUCAUUUACGCAUGGACGAAUCUGAAAGAUCCACGUCUUGAGCAGAUUUGGCAAAAAACGUUGAAUGCCUCAAUGUCCUGUGCAUAA